AUGCGCAUGUCAGCAGCCGCGAAAAGCCGUGUGGCAUCGUGGAGGAGGAUGACUGAUUUAACAAAUCACGAAGGUGUCAACUCACCGCCAAGCCCCAUGGACGACACAAUCGAGGUGCGCCUGCCGCCAUCCAUUCAAGCAGCGCACGACGAACGGGAGUACAACCUGGACCGUAUCAGCCCCAAGACCGCUGAGCCCCGGACGAUGCCCGACGUGUCCGCGCCCACCCGGCGCGAACGUGAUAUCUGGGGCACAUCUCCCCUGGAUCGCUCACCACACCGCUCACCAGCCUCCACCUACCCAAAUCUGGAGAAUCCCGAGGAGCCGACGCAGAAGCGCAAACGAUCGCCGUCUGUGGAGGAAACAUCGUAUCGCCAAGAUACGCAACGAACCCGCCCGCCUCCGCUCCAGCACCAGCGCGGCGAUUCAGAUCUGCCACGAAUCUUGACCGCCACGGAGACCGCCGCGGCAGCAAUUGCGGCAGCAUCAGCGGCAUCGCGUGCGUCCAAGGACGGCGAAUCUGAGCCGCCUCGCACGUCGGCAGAACCCCGUGAUUCAUACGACAUCUCUCGCAGCCGCGAGUACACCUCCAGACCGUAUGCCGACGAAGAGCGUGAGCAACAGCAACAGCAGCAGCAACAACAACAACAACAGCAACAGCAACAGCAACAACAACAGCGCGAACAGCAGCAGCGCGAGCAACACCAUGCCGACAUGUGGUUCUCUCGCACCUCUCGCGAUGACCGUCAAGCCGCUGGCCCGUCGAACGAAAGUGCCGCUUACCAGCAGCAUCAGCACCGACGCUCCGGAUCGGUCCACUCUCCCGCGGAAGACCAUUCCGUCAAUGAUGCACGCCAGCUGGACAAAUCGGUGCCGCAUGCCAGUGCCUCUCCACAGAGCGAAUAUGGCGUCAACAGCCCGGACGAUGAAGAGCGGCCAGCCGUUUACGGCGCUCCUUUUUCGCCAAGCAACCAGAAGAUCGGUCCGCCUCUGCAGCAAACGGACCCGAAGCGUCGGAAGCGCAACUUUAGCAACCGGACCAAGACCGGUUGUCUCACCUGUCGCAAGCGCAAGAAGAAGUGCGACGAGACCAAGCCUGAAUGCAGCAACUGUGUCCGUGGUGGUUUUAUUUGUGCUGGCUACCCACCGCAGAAGGGCCACUGGGGCAAGCCAGACCUGACCAAGCCAACAGUGCAGAUCGAGUCCAAGGACCCAACGUAUGUGCCACCCGGUGCCUACGGCAUGCCUGGUCCUGGCAGCGGUCUGCAAGGCGGCACAUUCCACCAGCAACGACGCGAAUCGCUUCCUCUGUACCGCGGCCAGGCGCUUCGUAUCCAGCCGCCACAAGGACGCCCUAUUGUGACAGACGACGACCGGCCCACUGCGUCCACCCUGCCCAGUGCGCUCACCAGCUCGGACGGCCACAAUAAGCUUUCCGCACUGUCUGCAUUUUCUGCGCCGGCAAAUGUGUUCCCGACGCCCGUCAGUGCGGCCACAACGGCCCCCUUCCCGGAUCGUACGCCCAAGGAAUACCAGCGGGUGCCGCCGCUACACGACCUCAGCCGGACAACCGACCCGGAGACACCGCAGCUCCUGACGCCACUACCUCAGAUCAACAUUCACAGGUCAGGUAGUCCUCCUUAUCGGCAGCCAUCGCCGCAACAGAAUCAACUGCAAUCACAGCAACAGCAGCCACCACAGCAACAACAGCAGCAGCAGCAGCAGCAGCCGCCGCCGCCGCAGCAGUCUCAACCGCCAUCCCAGCAUCUCCACCACCGCCAGCUGUCGCAAACCGAUGUGUCUCGUCCACCUCCGCCGCGCGAGAAUGAACUCGACCGCGAGCACGAACGCCCUCCUCAGCACUCUGCGCAGAACCCGCACCAGCCGGUUCACCAGGGCCAGCACCUGCAGUCCGCACCGCAAUUUCACCCGCAACACGCGCACCCCACGCAGCACCAGAACCAGCCGCUUCCGGAUCAUCGAUCGCAGCCGCCUAUGCAGCGCCACCAGCCUCGCCAUGCACCGUUGCACCAGGACCCCGUGCCAAUCGAGAGACAGGCCCGCUUCUUGCACCACCGCCCGUACUCGUCCCAGCCGCUGGCACCUCGUCAGCCGCACCAGAAAGAAGGCGGCGAGGAGGCGGACGAUUGCAAAGACACUGAAGAGGCACGGGCCGCGUCAAGACGCAAUGUUCCCUUCUUCAGCACCGUGCCGGGCCCGAGACGCGAGAAGGAUGAGAUGCACGCAGGCCGGCCUUUCUACCAGUUUGACAAUGAGUUGGUUGAUCUCCGGGAACGCUGUGCGGCGGCUUGCUGGAAGUUCAACAACUCGACAAACCCCAAUAUCGGUGUCUCACAGAGCGAGCGCACGCGGCUGUUCAAAGAGAUCAUUCAACCGCGAGGAGCCGAUCAGCAGGCCGCCACGGGUCCUGUUGGCGGCCAGGUCGUCGUGGAUGCCCCGUUCCACGCCGACUACGGGUACAACAUCACCAUUGGCAACGCCGUCCACAUUGGCCGCAACUGCCACUUCUCCGAUGCGAUGCCAAUCAACAUUGGCAACCGCGUGACAAUUGGUCCCAAUGUGUCCUUCACAUCGGCUCCGUCCACCGACCCGAUGGAGCGCGACGGUGUGCACAGUGCUCUCCAGGGUCGAGCCAUCACCAUUGCCGACGACGUUUUUAUUGGCGGCAAUGUCACGAUCCUCGCCGGUGUGCACAUUGGAAAGGGUGCGGUCGUCGGCGCAGGCUCCGUCGUGACGUCGUCCCUUCCUGGAUUUACUGUCAGCCAUGGCACCCCUGCUGCUGUCAAGCGGAGCACGUCACAAGUGCAAGCCUGA